GGAAGUUAAACUCCUGACGGGUAUAUAACCCACAACCUGAGUUUCAGUCAGUCUGUAUCUCAGCAGUGAUAUAAAUCACUGAACGAUGGCUCUUCAGCACCAAAACCUUCUGUUGGUCUUUCUGGUAUUUAUUUCAGGAGCUCUGGGUCAAACCAUUAAGCAUGAGCUGACGUCUACCUGCGCUGUGAGAGGAUCGACAGCCACCCUGCCCUGCUCCUUCACACCGUUAAAAUCUUUCUCCAGAGAUGGACCGGAAGUCCCUCUGAAGAACAUCAGAGUUCGCUGGUGCAAGAACCAUCUGAUGUGUCAAGAUUCAACCUCAUCUGUGUUUGACAGUAACUCAACGAACAACAACCCCCGUUACCAGUACCUGGGAGACCUGAAGGGAAACUGCUCUCUGCAGAUAAGAGAUGUAGAAAUGGGAGAUGACGCAACCUUUUACUUCGGAGUGGAAGCUGAUGAAGUUGAAGGGAGCGUUUUAAACACAACAGGAGUAAAGCUCACCGUUGUAGAGGACAAAAAGAUGAGCGUCCUGGGUUACAGUGAAGAAGGCUUCAGAAGCGGUCGCCUCGGCCUGCUCCGCUGCAUUUUGUCAUGCUCUGCUUCCCAACACAACAGGGUCACCUGGAAGAAAGAUGGCGUCAUCCUCUCACAGACUUGGAGCAACCUGCUGUUCAACCCUCUUACUGUGCAACAUUCUGGCAACUACACCUGUGCUCUGAGGAACGACACGGAGACGCAGUCUGAGCCGUUCGUCCUGCAGGUGGAGGCUGCAGGAAUCAGAAGAAGCACAAUCUACACAGUUCUGUUCGGUUUGAUUGCUGUGAUAAAUGCCAUAUUGGCCGCCAUCUUCAUCAGAAGGAAGUUCUGUAUGAAGGAGAGAUUGACAGAAAACACUGAGAGACAUUUGGAGGGAGAGGACUGAAAUCAGGACAGUUUACAGGAUCUGCUGAGGACCUAUGAUGUCGUUAAAACUUCAAAGACCAAAGAAGAGCAUUUUUGAUAAAAAAAAGACGAUUUAAUCUGAGAUCAUGAGAACUUCAAUCCACUGAACAUCUGCCACCUGUUAAAGAAGGAAAAGCAAAAACAAAAACUUUGAAACAUCAGUUUCUCUUGUCCUGCUGUUUAUAUGCUGCUGUUUUUAUUUGAGUCUGAAAAGAAAAUUGGUGGAAUCAAGCUUU